AUGAGUUGCACCGAUUUGGGAGGCUUUCGGAAAGUAUCUUUCAAUAUCGCUGAUGCAGAGGGUGGUGGGCUACAGUUUCCCAUUGGAAGAGCCAGUUUGAAGGAUCCGGAACGUUUUGACCGCGAAAACAACUUUUUGUUUCACGAAAAGAGUCUUAGCAAGAAGCACGCUUUAUUGUGCAUCAAACGGUUAUUACCCGCGGAGAAAGACCCCUACGUUCCAUUGUUGGACCAGUUCCGCAUCUCAGUGCAGGACUUGGGCUCCACGCACGGCCUGGUGGAUUUGCAAUCGCAGGAUGCAGAUGCCAAAAUCAUCGAUUUGAAAAACGGGGAGAGAUUUGGCCUCAUCAAGCUUUACCAGCCCGUGGCGGCCGGUCAGUCGCGUGGGGCCAAACUUAAGUUCCAAGUGAGUCUCAAAACAAACGAAGCUCGUCCCGACUCUGGUACUUUGGAUCUGUUCCUAAGUAACGUGACAUAUGAGGACAGCCCUUACGUUAGCAGACCCCCCACCAUGGGCCGCACCGAGGCCGUUUCAAGCCCUUCUUCUUCGUCAUCCGAUCUAAACUUCAGCGAGGAGUUCGGUCUGGAACUCGACACUUGCGAACGAGACAGCACUCCACGCAAUUGUGACGUUGACCAUAAGGUUGUGCUACUGGACGAUGAACCCAACCACAAUGGCGAGUCUGAACGCUCAAUAAACCUGGAAAUGGAGGUCGAAGACGUUGAGGAGUACGGAGGAGAGGUUUCAAGUCAAGAACAAAGUGAAGACGAUACAGAGUUGCUCACAGAAAAAAGCGUUUGUCCAACGCUAUUUGUGGCGCGAGAGAACAGUGAGCUCAAAGUCUCAGAAGCUGUGAUUUCUGUUGAAGAACCGCCUUCUUACAAAGAUUUACCAGUGGCGGAAAUCAGUGCUUCUCGCGACGUUACGCCCCAGUGCUACGAUUGUGCUACUGCUGUUGACCUUCCAGAUGAGGACAACUCUGACGCCUUACCAAUCAAUGUUUUCUGCCAAUCGUCUCGGAAGAGAAGGUUGGAAACCGAAGAUGAAGCACGCCCUGUCAUGACCGAUGAUUUUAAGCGAGCGAAGGUUGGUCCUAUUAUAGGUGAUCAGCCACAAGCUAUGCCCGUUGAUACAAAGAAAGUUAUCAUCGGUGGGAUGAUUGGUUUUUUGGCAGGAUCUGUGGGUACUUUGGGACUGUUAGUGGGGAUCGCUAACAUGGGAUAA